AUCGCCACCGCCACCGCUGCCACCGCCAUCGCCACCGAGAGGCGGCAGCGCUCAGUCCAGGAGACGGCGCUCCCGUGGUAGGACGCGCUCGGAGACAGGCAGCGGCAGCGGUAGCGACUGGCGCGCUCCGCCGAUGCGCGAUAAGGUGGAGCGCUGCUAGGGGCAAGCCCCAGCCGGGGCAGGACCGGGACGGCGGCGCCAGGAGGAGGGCACCCGGGGCUCGCUGGGAGACCGGGCGCGAGCAGCUUCCGAGCGCCAGGCUUUCGCAAUGUGGCCUGGAGCACUACCGUUGAUAGCGUUACUGGCACUCCUGCUACAUCCAGCAAGAUGUGUGCAGAACACCAAAAUGAACUUUCGGGAGAAGGAGAAGCAGGUGCUGGACCAUAUCCUCGGCCCCGGCAGCUACGACGCCCGCAUAAGACCGAGCGGCGAAAACGGAACAGAUGGCCCGACAAAUGUAUACACCAACAUCUUUCUCCGCUCAAUCAGCAAAAUCAAUGAUUAUUCCAUGGAAUAUUCCGUUCAGUUGACAUUCCGAGAACAAUGGGUUGACGAAAGACUCCAAUUUAACGACUUCGGUGGGAAACUUAAAUAUCUCACUCUCACCGACGCGAGUCGAGUAUGGAUGCCCGAUCUGUUUUUCGCAAACGAGAAGGAAGGACAUUUUCACAACAUCAUCAUGCCGAACGUAUAUAUACGAAUCUUCCCGGAUGGAUCGGUACUUUACAGUAUACGAAUAUCACUGACCCUAUCAUGUCCGAUGAAUCUCAAACUCUAUCCUCUCGAUCGUCAAAUAUGCUCUUUGAGAAUGGCCAGCUACGGAUGGACUACGGCGGAUCUAGUGUUCUUGUGGAAAGAGGGCGAUCCCGUUCAGGUAGUUAAAAAUCUGCAUCUACCGCGAUUCACGCUCGAAAAGUAUUUAACGGAUUAUUGCAACAGCAAAACAAAUACCGGGGAGUACAGCUGCUUGAAGGUGGAUCUGCUUUUCAAACGAGAGUUCAGUUACUACCUCAUCCAGAUUUACAUACCCUGCUGUAUGUUAGUCAUUGUCUCCUGGGUGUCCUUCUGGUUGGAUCAAAGUGCCGUACCGGCUCGCGUAUCCUUGGGAGUGACAACUUUACUGACAAUGGCUACGCAGACGUCCGGCAUAAACGCAUCUCUGCCGCCCGUCUCCUACACCAAGGCCAUCGAUGUCUGGACAGGCGUCUGCCUAACCUUUGUGUUCGGGGCGCUGCUCGAGUUCGCCCUCGUGAAUUACGCCUCGCGUAGCGACAUCCACCGCGAGAAUAUGAAGAAGCUGUACCAGAAAAUGGAGCACUCGUCGUCCGUCGAUCCGGCCUCGGAGCCGUUCGAGCCUGACGGCGCCACUAACUUCUCUAUGAACUUGCCGCCACUGGCGCCAGAUUGGAAAUCAAAGGCAGCGCAUUUCUUCCAGAAGCCUCUGGUACGGCAGGAGGAAGACAGCAUGUCUAUGGAGAAGAUGCCGCAGUGCGAAAUACAUACGCAACCGCCGAAAAAAAACUGCUGCAGGUCGUGGCUGUCCAAGUUCCCGACGAGGUCCAAGCGCAUCGACGUCAUCGCGCGGAUAAUAUUCCCCCUCGUAUUCGCGCUGUUCAAUCUCGCGUACUGGUCAACGUACCUAUUUCGGGAGGAAGCGGAUGGCGAGUAAGCCUCGACGAUGAAGCGCUCGGAUCAAGGAACCUGGCACGCGGCCACCUCUAUUACUCCCAACCCCGUGCGACGGCCUCGUCGUCCUCGGCCACUUCCAGCCACGUAGGCAAAACCGGUAGCGGUAACAGUAGCCGAACCUCGCGUUCGCAACACAAACACCAUCACCACCACCACCAUCAUCCUCACCAUUCCCAUCAUCACCACCACUAUCAUCAUCAUCACGAGCACCAGCAGAGACAAGACGAAGAAUCGCCAAGUCCCUCGCCCUCCCCGCCCCGUUCACACUCGUCCCAACGAUCGACCCCUCACCAGCAGCAUCCCCAUAACCAUCACCAGCAUCAUCGCGCA